AUGAGGUGGGAAAAGUCGCAGAUAAAAGGUGGUCCAGAGGAGUGUGGUGGGCCUGGAAAGAGGUGGGGACACACUUGCAACGCCAUUAGAGGAGGCAAGUUUCUGUAUGUCUUCGGUGGAUAUGGCAAAGAUAACUGUCAGACCAACCAAGUACAUGUGUUCGACGCUGUUAAGGGUACAUGGAGCUUGCUGGCGAUAAAAGGAACACCACCUGUGCCAAGGGACAGCCACAGCUGUACUGCAGUGGGAGACAAUCUCUUUGUGUUUGGGGGUACUGAUGGAAAGAACCCUUUGAAGGAUUUGCAUAUUUUGGACACGGCUACAAAUACAUGGAUGACACCAAGUGUAAGAGGCGAGGGACCAGAGGCACGAGAAGGCCACAGUGCAGCACUUAUUGGCAAACGACUUUUCAUAUUUGGUGGAUGUGGAAAGUCCUCCAACAGUUCUGAUGAAGAAUACUAUGAGGAUCUUUACAUAUUGAAUACAGAGACAUUUGUUUGGAAACGUGCUGCAACGUCUGGCACUCCACCAGCCAAGCGUGACAGCCAUACUUGCUCAGCUUGGAAAAAUAAAAUCAUUGUGAUUGGUGGUGAAGACUCAUGUGAUUACUAUCUGUCCGAUGUCUAUAUCCUUGAUGCAGAUACUCUUGUUUGGGGAAAGCUGAGUACUUCAGGCGAGCUGUUACCACCACGAGCUGGGCAUACAGCUGUUGCCUUAGGCAAGAACUUGUUUGUCUUUGGUGGUUUCACUGAUGAGCAGAGCCUGUUUGAUGACAUUUAUAUGCUUGAUGUUGAUACUGGAGUAUGGACCAAGGUGAUGGCUACAGGCGAGGGGCCUUCUGCUAGGUUUUCUAUGGCCGGGGAUAGUUUGGAUCCACAGAAGGGAGGCGUGCUUGUAUUUAUAGGUGGUUGCAACAAGAAUCUUGAAGCAUUGGAUGAUAUGUACUACUUAUACACAGGAAUUGCAACAGACAAUGAGCGAGAUGAACGGAGGUUGGAGAAAUUAUCUUUGAGGAAGCAGUUGAAGCUAAAGUGCCAAGAACAGCAUAUUCAUGAUAAAGCUCUGGUCAGAGUUGAGACAGAUUCAGCAAUUUACCAACACAUGCCUGGGCCAACUUAUAUGCAACCAAGUAAGUCGCCUUUAGGCAAGAGGACAUUCCAAGCCAAGGUUACUAAAAGUCUUUCAAAUGGGUAUACUAUUGAAACUGUGAUAGAUGGGAAGCCACUUCAUGGAGUAUUGUUUUCUAACAAACCAUGCUCUAAAAAAACAGCUGAAGAUGAUUCCACUAAGAAAAAGUAUCCUGUGGAACUUGGUGAUACUAAGGUGAAUGAUAAUCAGAAUUCUGGGUCAGAAAAUGCUGGAUCUCUCAAGCAGGAUGUAAUAACUGACAUGCAGGUGGAUAGUGUUCAUAAGAUGUCCAUAUCACCUGUGCCCCAGAUGGAAGCUGCUCCUGCUUCUAUGCCCCUGGAGGUCCAUGGAGAGUUAAAACUGUCCAUAUCACCAACUGUGAAAGUUGUAGAUAAUCAGACCAGUGAUGCACAAAAUUCUGGUGUUGAAGACCCUAAAGAGAAUACUUCAGCUGCAGCCAAGGAUUGUGUCACUUUGGAUGAAAUUAAGGAUAUAGAUGCAAUGAUGGAACCAUCAAGCUUGCUGGUAAAGCAGUUAGGUUACGCAGCUGAAUCUUGUCUUCAUCAAGGUUAG